UAUUUAUAUCUAGUAUCGCGUAUUUGUGAGAGAAGAUCCAUUUACAAACGAUGGGAAUAAAUUCUGUGGCUUUUAGUGGUGGAAUAAAUUCCGAUGAUGACUACAUAUCAAGUCUACUGUCAGUUAUUUUCAUCUUUGCGCUCAUCUGAGCUAUUAAUGUUUACUGUCAGGAAUUAUUUUUCCUAACAAAUAUUUCUAACUAGCAGCUGGCACAAAAGAGUUGACGACUAACUGGACAAUGACAGCUUCGCAAUACUCCCAUUUCCGCUCCGUGGCGGAACUUCGUGCUGGCGUUCUCGUCUGGCAGAUAGUAUCGCCGAUAUUGAUAGUGUUUGGAACUGUGGGUAAUGUACUAUCAAUUAUUGUGCUGUCAAGCCGGAAGUUCAACCGCUGGUCAUCGUCGGUAUAUCUUUUGGGGCUCGCCGUCGCCGACUUGUGUGCUCUAUAUAUUGGAUUGUUAAGACAAUGGAUCAAAUAUUCAUUUGACAGUGACAUUAGACACAUUCACCCUGUGUUAUGUAAAGUCCAUUGGUGGCUCAUGUACACGUGCGCAGAUGUACCCGUGUGGAUUUUAACCGCCAUCACUGUCGAACGUCUCAUUUCGACUCUGUGCCCAUACAAAAGUAAAGCAAUUUGCACAAAAAAUCGCGCCAAAAUUGUUUUAAUUAUGAUAGUUUCAUUAGCAUUAGCUAUAAACUCGCAUUUACUGUAUGGCUUUGGGAAACUUGAGAUAACGAUUGCAAAUGAGACAACAAUAGUUAUUCCUUGUGCACCAUUAACGGACGCCUACGAACAGUUCUUUGGAAAGGUGUGGACUUGGAUUGAUUUAUGUAAAUAUUCAUUGAUACCAUUUGCGUUGUUGAGUACAGGAAACAUCUGUAUCAUCUACAAGCUGUUGUCGAGUAGCCGUAAGGUAAAGACACAAGUGGCGCCCACAACAUCACAAACACAAGCAUCAUCUGGUAAUGAAAGAACGUCAAACAUGACAAUACUCCUCGUCUGUCUUAAUUUUGUCUUUAUUGCAUGCACUGCGCCUGUAUGUAUAUAUUUCAUUGGUGAACCAUACUGGAUUCCAAAGGAUGUGCCCAGAAAUAUUCAACUUCAAGACCCAUGGUGGGCAUUAGUCAACAUGUUGAUGUAUAUAAAUAAUUCAGCAAACUUUAUCCUUUAUUGUUUAACCGGUUCUCGUUUUCGUGAGUCCGUUAAAAAGCUUGUGUGUAAGGAUACUUAUAGUGGUGACGUUACUACAACAGGGGUCGGCAACACCAUCAAUUCUCGGUCAGCUGCAAUGUAAGCUGUACUUAAACUCUGGACUGUGAACACUUUGAUAAAAGGUGGUAAAAUAAUUGUUGUAAAUGACUCAUUUCAGUGAAAAAUAUAUUUACGUUUUGUAUUAUUGAGUUUUUGUCCUCGACUGUUUUAUGUUGUAAUAAAAAACAAUAAAAAAGUAAUGAAAAUGUCAAUAUGCCCAUCACUUUAUGG